CUCUCUCACACACACUCUGGCACUGCGGCUCCACGCGUUCAGCCUGGAAAGCGACCAAACUUCACACAACCUGCACUUUUAUUCCACUUUUGAAAUCCUCUUUGUGCUCAGCUUUGCAUCCGGAUCAGAGGAAGUUAAUACCGAGCCGUUUCCAGUUUGUCUCCAGUGACUGGAGACCAAAAACAACCACAACGUGAUCGGAGGCUGCAACUUUAUUUUUCUGCUAUCAUCACUUCUGAGUGAAACUUUCCCCUGAGGGGACAAACCGCCCAGGACAUGCCAGCGUUUGUGCCUUUUCUGAGCGCCUUUGCGCUCCUCUCGGCUGGCUUCAGGAGCACCGCGGCUGAGGUGGAGAUGCAGAGCUACGCGGUGAGGAGCUCCGCCGUGCCCGCGGUGCAGAGAGCUGCAGCUGGGGUGAACAGCUCCGUGCGGGUGGAGAGCUCCGGGGACGGGGACGGGGGAGCGGAGCGGACCAGCUGCCCUGGCCGCUGCCGGUGUGAUGUGGACGGGCUGCUGCACUGGGUGGACUGCUCGGACCUGGGGCUCCGGGAGGUACCGACCAACCUGAGUGUCUUCACAUCUUAUCUUGAUCUCAGUAUGAAUAAUCUGACUGUGUUAUCCAGCGGAGCUCUGUCCAACCUGCACUUCCUGGAGGAGCUGCGUUUGGCGGGAAAUGAUCUGACCUUCAUCCCCAGAGGAGCGUUCACCGGCCUCUACAACCUCAAAGUGCUGAUGCUUCAGAACAACCAGCUGAGGUCUGUUCCUGCUGAAGCCUUCAACAACCUGCACAACCUGCAGUCACUCCGUCUGGAUGCCAAUCAUAUCUCCAGUGUUCCCACUGGCUGUUUCUCCGGCCUGCGUUCUCUCCGUCACCUCUGGCUGGAUGAUAACUCUCUGAGGGAGGUCCCGGUGGAGGCCCUGGGCGAGCUGUCUGCCCUGCAGGCCAUGACGCUUGCCCUCAACCACAUCAGCCACAUCCCUGACCAUGCCUUCAGCAAGCUGGGCCGCCUGGUGGUGCUGCAUCUCAACAACAAUAGGAUCGUUUCCAUGGGACCGAACUGCUUCCACGGUCUCCACAGUUUGGAGACGCUGGAUUUGAACUACAACAGUCUGGUGGAGUUUCCUGCAGCCAUCCGCUCACUCGGCCACCUCAAGGAGCUCGGCUUUCAUAGCAACAACAUCCAGUCUAUCCCGGAGCACGCCUUCACUGGGAAUCCUUUCCUGAAUACCAUAUUUUUCUACGACAAUCCGAUUCAGUCCGUGGGACGCUCGGCCUUCCAGAACCUACCAGAGCUCCGCAUGCUAUCUCUGAACGGUGCUGCAGAUCUCACCAACUUCCCAGAUCUGACGGGAACCAAGAGCCUGGAGAGCCUGACUAUCACCGGAGCUCGAAUCACCUCAUUGCCCAGUUCAGUUUGUGAGCAACUUCCAAACCUGCAGCUGCUAGAUCUCUCCUAUAAUCAGAUCCAGACUCUUCCCAGCUUCUCUGGCUGCGAGAGCAUCCGAAAAAUUGAUCUGCACCACAACGAGGUAGAAGAACUGGAGGAAAACACAUUCGCUGGUCUACUAUCACUACGCUCACUUGAUUUAUCUUGGAACAGACUGAAAUCAGUGAAGCCGAACUCAUUCUCUGCUCUCCCAGCUCUCACCAAACUUGACCUGUCAUCCAAUCAGCUUUCUUCCCUGCCUCUGAUUGGCCUGCAGAGUUUGACUCACCUGCGGCUGGCUGGAAACGAGCAGCUGAUGGAGUUGAUAGCUCGAGAGGAUCUGCCCCGAGUCAGGGUGAUGGAGCUCCCUUAUGCCUUCCAGUGCUGUGCUUUCAUCUCCUGUGAGAGGAGAGGAGGAGGAGGAGGAGGAGGCUUGUCCUGGGAGAGAGAGGAAGCAGCAGAUUCCACUGGGAGAGAUGCUGCUAUCCUUUCCAGCCAAGUGGAUCAGGACUGGGAAGAUUUUCUGAUGGAGAUGGAAGAUGAGCCCAAACCUCAACACUCUGUUCACUGCAGCCCGACACCAGGACCGUUCCGUCCCUGCCUCCAUCUGCUCGGCAGCUGGAUGAUCCGCGGUGGGGUUUGGCUCAUCGCAGUGAUCUCAUUGGUCAGCAACAGCCUCGUUGUCCUUUCAGUCUUCUUUUCUCCAGCCACCUCUGUCACGCCCCCCAAACUACUGAUUGGCUUGUUGGCUCUGGUGAAUGGCCUGAUGGGAGUCUGGAGUGGCUGGCUGGCGGCAGUGGAUGCCUGGACAUUCAGCAGCUUCUGGAGGUACGGGGCAAAGUGGGAGAGCAGUUUCCUGUGCCGACUCAGUGGCUUCCUUUGCGUGUUUGCGUCGCAGACCGGCCUCUUCUUGCUGACUGUUGCUGCUCUGGAGCGAUGCCUGACCGCCACCGUAGGACACAGCAAAACUGCUGGCAGCAGCGGUCACUCUCCAUUGCCGUUGUUCAUCCGUGUUUCCAUCUGUCUGUGUUUCCUGUUGGGCGUCACCGUCACAAUGCCCUCCCUGGUGGCCGGACACAGUAGCACAUCCCUCUGUUUGCCACUGCCUUCCUCAUCAUCAUCAUCCUCCCUGGCCUUCUCCGUCUCCCUGGUGCUCUUCGACUCGCUCUGCUUCCUCCUCAUGACGCUCGCCUACACACAUCUCUACUGUCGCGCCCACAAGGCUCCGCCCAGCUCAGAGGAGGAGGCGGCACUGACACGACACGUGGCCUGGCUGCUUUUCUCCGACUGCCUCCUCUACCUCCCUGUUGCCUUCCUCACCUUCUCCUCCCUGCUGCGCCUCCCUGCCGCCGGACCAGAGGCAGCGAAAGGGGUGCUGCUGCUCGUGGCACCGCUCCCAGCCUGUGUCAACCCACUACUCUACCUCCUCUUCAACCCACUCGCCAGGGAGGAACUGGCAGCGCUGGCCAAACGUACCUGCAAGGGUGUGGUGCUACCGAAGCUACACAGGGCAGGAGGAGCAGGGGGGCGAGCUGGAGGAGGUCUGAGGCCACGCACACUGGAUUCAACAUAUGAUGAGGAUGCAGAGAAACAGUCAUGUGACUCAACACAGGUGCUGGUACUUAUUGGAGGUGUAAAAGAAGAGGAGGAGGAAGUGGGGCAAGGACGAGCAAGGAGUGACGCACAACAUUCAGCAAUGUUUGUUGCUCCGAUUCAAUAAACUCAACACAAAAGGUUUCAAGUCUCACUUGACAAAAGCCAAAUAUGUGAACGUUGUGCCGGACGGUCACUGUACAAUCAAACAGGCACCUGAUUGGCUGUAAUUUAAUACAAUGUAAAGUAUUAAGUGCAUUAAAACAGAAGAACAAAGCCCUAUUUGGUUGGGAUUUCUUCAUGUAGAGAAAUUGGGUGAUUUCGUUUAACCUGCUCUGAGCAGUGAUUGUUGUGAAUCAUUUUCCACACCUAUCCCAGGUCCUGUUUUAACACCUCAACCACCAUUUGGAUGGGUUGCAUGCAUAGAUUGUAUGGAAGCAAUGCACAGACACAGGUACCUGCUAAAAGGUGAUAAGUAACAUCUAAAUAAAUCCUAGAAUUUCACCCACAAAAACUGGAGCUCAGACUAAUUGGAUACUGAAAAAACCUUAAGAUCGUGAAGAUUUUAGGGAAACACUUAAGAAAAUUCUGUGGGUUUUGUUUGUGCUUCUGACCCAACUUCAUGAGGUGUACAUUACAGGGACCAGAGGGAAUAUUUUACCUCUGCCUAAUUUUAAUGUCCGGUCCAAAUGGGGCUCAAAUCAGUGACAUUUAAAUAUAGUCACAAGUGAAUUUCAGAGGUUCUGAAAAAACAGAAAAUAAAAAUAAUGAAAACUGUCCUCAGAGGGCACAUCAAGGCUCCAGCCCAGCCUUUGUCAGGUGAGACAAAACCAACACACAUUCAUACAGUAUGUAUAAUCCACAGCAGACUGACUGAUGGGACUGUGAGGCAGCAAAUGUAGCAGAGGAUGGUGAAGGUGAAGGGUGCUCACCGUAAACUCACCAGGAAUUUCUGUUGUAUACUUUUCUCUCUCCAUCAUCUUUUUUUGUUUUCUGCAGCAAACUGUCCAGUAAAGACAAAAAAAAGCUGAGACGUAGGAGAAGAUGGAACAUGUGCUUGGUCCCUUAUUGGUGAAUCCUGGGCUUCUGACCAGGACACACACACACACACACACACA